AUGAGAGUUCACUCUGAAGGAAAUCCGCGUACCUGCCAACACUGUGGAAAGCGUUUAUCUAAAAAAGUAAGCCUUAAAAGACACAUGAGUGUUCACACUGGAGAAAAGCCUUACCCGUGCCUGCAGUGUGGAAACAGAUUCACUCUUAAGGGAAGCCUUAAAAACCACAUGAAAAUUCACACUGGAGAGAGGCCUUACACAUGUCCUCAGUGUGAGAAGAGUUUCACUCAGAAAGAAAGCCUUAAGAGACACAUGAGAGUUCACACUGGAGAGAACAUUUUCUACCAACAGUGUGGAAUAAGUUUCACUCAAAAAGGAAGCUUUAACAGACACAUAAUUCACACUAUAGAGAAGCAUUUUACCUGCCAGCAGUGUGGAAAGAGUUUUGAUCAACAUGAAAACUUCAAAGCCCACAUGAGACUUCACUCUGAAGAGAAGUCCUAUACAUGCCCUCAGUGUGGAAAGAGUUUCAGUCAAAAACAACACUUUAAAGACCACAUAAGAAUUCACACUGGAGAGAAGCCUUUCACAUGCCAACAAUGUGGAAAACGUUUCCCCCGAAAAGAUACCCUUAACAGGCACAUGAGAGUUCACACUGGAGAGAAGCCCUUCACAUGUGGUCACUGUGGAAAAAGUUACAGAUCUAAAACAGCCCUUAAGUACCACAUGAGUUUUCAUGUAUGA